AAACUUUCGACGGGCUGGCAGCAUUCAAAAGGACGGCUAAAGAGAAAAGUCAAAAGAAAAGUAAAAACGAAAACUUUCCUUUUAUUCAACUACACCCAAGAACGACAAAAGUAGAAAAUUAACAGAAUAAAAAACUGGUUAAACCGAUAAACAUUACGAACGGCGAGUAAAUCCAUUAUAGUUGCAUUGCUAAAGAACAAAUCUAAGGACACAACCAACCUGCGAAGAAUUCUACGAUUAUUCCGGCAGUGGUGCAGCGAAUAGCAAUUAGUCGCAGAACGCAACGAGCCGACUACAACAACAACAACAGCGAAAAGACACAUCGACCGCAGGAACAGUGUGGCAGCGAUAGUAAAACCGCAGUGCAGAUUGAUAGUCAUAGUCAAAUAAAGUUUGUGCGUUAAACAAACGUUAACAUUGAAGCAGUCUGGUGUGACAGUACGAAAAAAUAGGUGUGCGGUAAACCGGGUGUGAAUAAAGUAAAGUGCCAACGUAAUGCCCUUGUUUGGAAAAUCACAAAAGACCCCCGCUGAAUUGGUGCGGUCGCUUAAGGAAGCAAUCAAUGCACUAGAAACGGGUGGUGAUCGUAAAGCAGAAAAAGCACAAGAAGAUGUCAGCAAAAAUCUUGUCUCCAUUAAAAAUAUGCUUUACGGUAGCAGUGAUUCGGAGCCACCAGCGGAUUAUGUAGUCGCCCAGCUGUCGCAGGAACUGUAUAAUAGUAAUUUAUUGUUGCUUUUAAUACAGAAUCUGCAUCGUAUCGAUUUUGAAGGCAAAAAACAUGUAGCACUGAUAUUUAAUAAUGUGCUGCGACGACAAAUUGGUACACGUUCACCCACAGUGGAGUACAUCUGUACAAAGCCCGAAAUACUGUUUACGUUAAUGGCCGGCUACGAGGAUGCGCAUCCAGAGAUUGCACUAAAUUCUGGAACAAUGCUGCGUGAGUGUGCCCGAUAUGAGGCACUCGCAAAAAUAAUGCUGCACUCAGAAGAGUUUUUCAAGUUCUUCCGCUAUGUAGAGGUGUCGACCUUCGAUAUUGCGUCAGAUGCAUUCUCCACUUUCAAGGAAUUGCUGACACGACACAAGCUACUGUGUGCCGAAUUCCUCGAGGCCAAUUAUGAUAGGUUCUUUACGCAACAUUAUCAAAGAUUGUUAAAUUCGGAAAACUAUGUUACCAGACGACAAAGUCUGAAGUUAUUAGGUGAAUUAUUACUUGAUCGACACAAUUUCACCGUGAUGACACGUUACAUUUCGGAGCCGGAAAAUUUGAAACUUAUGAUGAAUAUGUUGAAAGAAAAGUCCCGUAAUAUACAAUUCGAGGCCUUCCACGUCUUUAAGGUGUUUGUAGCAAACCCAAAUAAGCCGAAACCUAUAUUAGAUAUCUUGCUACGCAACCAAUCUAAAUUGGUUGACUUUUUAACCAAUUUCCAUACGGAUCGUUCAGAAGAUGAGCAGUUUAACGAUGAAAAAGCAUAUCUGAUUAAACAGAUAAAGGAGCUUAAGCCGCUGCCUGAAGCUUAGUAGCAUAGAAGGCUACGUAAACGAAUCGCCAACCAAUAUGUACAGCAUAAAGUAAAACAUCUGCAACACAAUUUCCAACAUCUUCAGCAAACCCAAAGCUACUAUCACCACUUUUACCAUCAUUAUCGGUGCUACCAACUCCAUCCGUUCUGCCAACUUAAGGCCUCAGCAGGUCCUGAAAGCCAGUUUUAUCCGAUCACUACGUUCAACAACUUGCUGUGGUAGAUGGCUCACAUAUAUGCAGUCGGCUUGUGUGAAAAUUAAAAUUAACUGAAUGAUUGAUUGCAUGGCAGCAGUAAUUGUGUACUAGCAGUGUGCGUUAUAAUUUAAAGAAAUAGUAAUAUAUAGUCAACUCUUAAAUUAUUUUCGCAGCAACAGAAAUAGAAGAAAAAUAAUGAAAUGAGAAUGAAAGCCGAUUACAGAAAAAUUGCAAAUAUUUUUUUUUUUUUUAAUGAAAUUAUGGAAAUUUAAAAACAUUAAAUGCUGAAGCAAAAUAGCCCAUCCAUUUGCUGCAUUUGGAAACGAUAGUUUGGGAAGUGUUAAGGGUGGAACCAAAUUUUUUUAAGAUAAGAUAUUUCAACACGCUGUUACCAACGCGUUAUUGUCUUGCCUUAAAAAAAUUGUUUUUGGCAUAAUAUUCAACUGUUUUAAAUUUUAUGAGAAUAAUGAAAAGGCAAUAGCUUCUAAGUAUAAAACUUUGGGCUUGAUUGAAAUAUAAAUCGAGGACAAAAACAGACUACAUAAAAUCAAAUUAUUAAAUAGGAUAAUGAUAAAAUAAAAGAAAAACAAAACAUAAUACGACUUACAUACAUACAUAUAUGUGAAAGCAACUUUAUAAUGCGGCUUACGAUUGACACUUUUGUUUUUGUUCUUUGUCGUUAUUUUGUAUGUUUGUUCAUUUUACUAUGUUUAGGAAUGCAAUUCAAAUAAAACUAGUUAUAAACUGCGAAAAAGUUAUAUAAUUGCUUUCUUUUUACGAUUCGAGUUAAAUAAUACGGUUGAAGAGCUGGUAAAUGCGGAGAACGAAUGUUGCCUCCCCAAAUAACAUAAUCGGAUGAAUAAUAAAGAAAAAAUUAUUUGUAAUAAAAAACACACGAUACAUACGCAUGCAAAUAUACAACGUACGUACACCUAAGCAUACAUAAUUGAAUGUAGUAUAUAAUGAUUACAACCUUACUUGCAUAUACUAUUACUAUUAAAAUAUUAUAAAACAAGAAAAAUUAUUUAUAUAAUUAUGCCUAAAAUUUAAAUUAAAAACUAAAUAAAAAACAUAAAUAAAAUGUGCGAUUAGCAGAAAACCUAAAA